UUUGGCCGAUUUUUUGGUGUCCAGGCUCAGCACGCGCUACGCGGGCCGAUUUGCACAUCGGGCCGACGUGACUACAGCACAGUGCUCUACGCACUGCUGGACACAAUUGCCGAGCCGCGCAACCACUGAUUCGCAGUGGUUGGCCAAGACCAGUAGAGGCCACAUUUGUAUUUUUUUGCUGCACGCGCGCAUCUGUCGUCGCAGCGUGCCGCGCACGCCUGAUUCAAGCUCAAAAACCGCGCCGAAGAACUUGCCGCAGCGCGCCGGCACCGGAAAGCGAUGAUGCCGCCGUCGCCGCCGCCUCCGCCGGGCGAGGAGUCCAAGGCACCCCUGGAGAUCGACACCGAGCGAACGAUACAACGACGCAAUUCUUCGUUGGACGAGGACACGACGGACGUCUUAGCGCAUCUCGAGGCGUCGCCGUCGCCGAAGGGGAAAAGUAGAGCGUUCCCGUUUCCGAGUCCUCGACGGAAUAGACUUUCGAGUGAUGACAUCGCGCCGCCGGACGACGACGUGGAAGCGAUCAUCGAGGGGGCGGAGGAAGGUCGGCUGCCGCGAUUAUUACCGGAGGGCGACCGAGCCGCGUUAAUUGAAAGACUGAGAACCGACUUGUUUGAAGUGCAACGGGAUUCCGAGUUAUCAGCAUCGCAACGGCGACCGGCCUCACCCCUCCCGCCGACGCCUGUCUCUAUCACCGAUAGUACAGAUACUCAAAAAUUAGGAACGUUCAAAGGCGUGUUCCUACCUUGCUUGCAGAACAUCCUGGGCAUUAUUUUAUACCUACGAUUGACGUGGAUCACGGGCCAGGCCGGCACCUUCGGCACGUCUGGAAUUGUCCUCAUUUGUGCCUGUUCUACGUUCCUCACAGCUCUAUCUUUAUCUGCGAUAGCCACCAAUGGCAGAGUCGAAGCCGGAGGACCCUACUUCGUGAUUUCUCGAAAUCUGGGACCGGAGGUAGGUGUCGCUGUCGGUAUCUUAUUCUACCUGGGCACGACCAUAGCCGCGUCGAUGUACGUCCUCGGGGCCGUCGAAAUGCUCUUCGAGGGCUUUUCAGUAGUGAGCAACACCAUUGAUAUCAAAGGGUCGUGGGACUGGGCCAUCUCGGCACUGGUGUUGAUGCUUGCUUUAGCAUUAAUUGUGCGAGGCGGCGUGAGACACGUCAACCGGGCGGCACCCAUCUUUUUGUCGGUUGUCAUACUCUCAAUCAUCCUGCUACUGCUGGGCAUCUUCCUGUUUGCGGGAGGCGUCUACAAAGGCGCGUUAUCGUGGAGUGAUAGAGAUUUCGGCGACAACGUCAAGCCGGACUUCGAGAAGACGGACGUGCGUUGCGGCGUCCCGCGGUGCCUUCACGCCAUCUUCAUGAACUCGUAUCCGUCAGACGACGUCGUGGGUGGUCUCGUUUUCGAGUUUGAGCCGUUUCGGACCGAGUCGAUACCGCACAGGACCCCCCACAACCGAAACCCGACUUCCAGUCCUUGAUCGCGCUCUUCUAUCCGUCCGUGACGGGCAUCAUGGCCGGCUGCAAUCGCUCGGGUGUCUUGGCGCAGCCCAGUCGUAGUAUACCGAUCGGGACCUUAUCCGCGAUCCUAUGUACGACGUCCCUCUACUUGUUAGUAGUGUGGGUGUUUGGUUCCGUGCUCUCGCACGAAACGUUACUAGAUAACCCCUACGUGACGGCGGACGUGGCCUGGCCCCACCCCGUCGUGGUCAAAGUGGGCAUAAUUAUGUCGUCGCUCGGGGCUGCGUUGCAGUCGUUGACGGGGGCACCUAGAUUACUAUCAGCGAUAGCCGGAGACAAUUUGGUACCGUUCUUAGAACCGUUCGCGCCCCACAAAGAAGAAGAACAUAAACCGCCGCCGCCACCUGUUGCGGAUUCGCCGCGACGCGUGCAAUCUCGCAAUAGGUUGUCGACACCGGCCGACCUGGAGACCGCCGGUGGAGCACCUUCAGCACCAGAUGAGACGCCCUCGCCCGUUUCAUCACCCUCAAGGAAGUCCUUCUUCGAACUCAGCAAUGCGUCGGUGCAAGUCGGCCGAUCAAGCGCCCCGAAGAAUAGCGCGGAGUUGAGGCCCACGGCCUUACUCUUAACGUGGUUCGUGGCCAGCGUCCCAUGCCUCGCGGGGAACCUGGACGCCAUAACCCCAAUAAUCACGAUGUUCUUCCUGCUCAUGUACGCGACGAUCAAUGUCUCAUGCUUCGCGGUCGCGUUUCUGGGGACUCCUGGGUUCCGACCGACGUGGCGGUGCUUCCACUGGUCCUCGGCGCUGUUAGGCUGCUUACUGUGUCUGGGACUCAUGUUCGCGAUAUCCUGGCUGUAUUCUCUCGUUGCGUUGGCGUUCGGCGCCGGUGUCGGCUUCUAUGUGCGAUCACGACGCGUCAGCACGGACUGGGGCGACGCGGGAGCGGGCUUUCGGUUCCAAGUGGCUCGAGACCAACUACUGGCACUGACGGAGCGAUCAACGUUUCACCACGCGAAGAACUGGCGGCCGCAGAUUUUGGUGCUGUGCCGGUGCGACGGCCGCUUCAACCCCGUCAAGCCCGAGCUGUUGGCUUUGGCCGGUUUGCUGAAGAAGGGUAGGGGGUUACUGAUGGCUCAUGCCCUGAUCGACGCCCAAGAUCAACCAAGAGCGUUGGUGGCGGAGGCCGCUACUGAAGUUCUGAGGUUACACUUACACGCGCAGCAGAUCCAGGGCUUUCCUAGAGCUAUUGUUCAUAGAUCCGGUUCUAGAGAUGUGACAGAAUCCCUAUUAGCGACGGCCCAGUCCUGCGGCGUCGGCGCCUUACGGCCGAACUCCGUUUUACUGGGCUGGCCCCACGCCGAGGAACACUCCGAGAAAAGACGUAGAAGGUUCAUCCAGUUUCUCAGAGAUCUAUCAGCUCUCAGAAAAGCCCUGAUGGUCCUGAAGGACGGGCAAGCUCUACAGUCCGGACGACCCUUCGGCGAGGGUCGGACGCUAGACGUGUGGUGGGUCGUGCAGGACGGUGGACUACUGUUAUUGAUACCGUUUUUACUUAAGCGAUCUAAGGUCUUCGCGGGGUGUCAACUAAGGUUGUUCGCGGUGAUGACGGGGCUGUUCGCCCAUCACUGGAACGCGGACCAUGGUGGCGCUUCAGCUAUACCACAAGCAACACCGGGGGACGAACGAGCUCUAGAGCAGGAGCAGACGUUGUUGGAUAGAUGGCAGCGGUUCAUUGAAAGGAUGUUGGCUGAUCUAAGGAUUGACGCGGAAGUCCAUCCCAUCGCCGGUCUCGACUUCGUCUGGGCGGCAGCGCACGUCUACCGGGACACGCUUGGACUUAGGGGAAGGACGACCUACGCCCAGCAGCUCGAGAGACGUACGACGACGCCAUCACAUCGACCGAAGCCGCCGGCGUCUCCAGUCAGUCCUGGUCGGCAGCACCAGUCUCCGUUAAUACCGGACGACAACCGGUUGACGCCUUUGAGGGGCUUUGCCCAAGCUUUGAAUGCGAAGAUGCGUCGGCAUUCCAGUGGCGCGGCGUUGGUCGUCACAAAUUUACCGUACAUGACCCAUUUGCCGCCGGCCUUCUUCGUGGACUACGUCGACGCGAUGACCGAUGGACUAGGGGCCGUAUUAUUGGUCCGCGGGUCGGGGCAGGAGGUCGUGACGAAGUACGGCUAAUUUACUCUUGUGUGACUUCUGUGUCUCGCUGAUUCUCCCUGCCGGGCCGUUCGAGAAACGCGA